AUGUUUGAGUUUAUGAUGGAACGGUCAGACAACAAAGAAUAUGUUGUGAGGUGCUCACAAGAGGGAUAUAGUUGGAUAUGCAGAGUAUCGAAAUGGGGUAAAACGAAACUGUUUAAGAUUCGGAAGAUUGGUAGUCACACAUGUGCAUCAAAUGUAGUGUUGGGGUCACACAGGCAGCUAUCAUCUACAGUUGUGUCCGCUAACAUCAAGUACAAGUAUACGUCGUCUCGUACUAUAUACGCAUCGAAGGAUAUAUGCAGUGAUAUGUUGCAUACUUAUGGGAUUUAUUUAAAUUAUUCGAAAGCCUGGAGAUCUCGCGAGCAAACCCUGAAGAUGAUAAGAGGUGAUCCGACUGAUUCGUUUGAUAACAUACCAAGCUUUUUCUACAUGUUUCGACAAAAGAAUCCUGGGACGGUCACAAACUUGGAGGUUGACAGUCACAAACGCUUCAAGUAUUGCUUUAUGGCACUUGGUGCAUUAAUAUACGGCUGGAAACCUUGUAGGCCUCUAAUUGUGGUUGAUAGUACGUAUUUGAAUGGUCACUAUGGAUGUACUCUUUUCAUAAACUUGAAGUUACAUUUUGAGAAAUCUAGACAAAAUGUUACACAAGCUUUCAAUUCCGCUGUCAGAACUUACACAUUGGAAGAGUUCGAAUAUUAUAUGCGGCAACUGGACACAAUGAAUCAAAAGAUUAGCGCUUACUUGGCUGAUGUUAGACCUGAAAAGUGGUCACAAAUCCAUAUUACCCAGAAAAUAGGUAUUCAACAAUGA